CCCCUCGCUUCCGGUAAUGCCUCCUUUUCGGCAGCGGCUAUUUCCUCGCCAACAUGCCACUCGCAAAAGACUUGUUGCACCCAUCCCCGGAGGAGGAGAAGAGGAGGCACAAGAAGAAGCGCCUUGUUCAGAGUCCUAACUCUUACUUUAUGGAUGUUAAAUGUCCAGGAUGCUACAAGAUCACAACAGUGUUCAGCCAUGCACAGACGGUCGUGCUGUGUGUGGGUUGUUCGACUGUCCUGUGUCAGCCCACCGGAGGCAAAGCCCGUCUCACAGAGGGGUGCUCUUUCAGGAGGAAGCAGCACUAAAAUGGUCUCCCCGGAGCUGAAAGGUAGAGGAGGUGAUGGACCGGUCGAUGUCAGCGGUGGAAAAUGGAUGCAAUGACAGACUUGGUCUGUGCUUGAAAGAUCGCUGUAACUCUACCCUCCAUCCUUGUCUCUCUCAAUAAAAUGUUCGUUUGGUUAAACAA